CAGUCAGGGAACCAUGGCAUGGCAUUUUGACACCUGAGGCCCUGGUCCUGGAUGUCAAGGCCACGCCCGAGGUCUGCGUCUUUGAAGGCGCUGCCUCCUGAUCAGCCAGUACAAACCGUAGAGGUCCAAAACAUCUCUCCAGCAGUGCAUUGGAGCGUGAACUCCAAGGAGAAACCUGGCGUCCGGCCACGACCUCUGAAAAGUGUCUCCCUGAAGUUGGCCAAAGGCGAUGGCAGUCCCACGGCCGCGACACGCUCCAACUCUGCAGGAGCAGCAUGGGGCUCCGGAGAACUGCUGAUCGAUGGGCGGCAAUGUAUCCACAAGGCUGGAGCUCCUGGAGCUUCCGGAGCUUCUGGACCCGAUCGACGGGGCACAGAGGCUGAUAAAGCUGGUCGUCGACCAAGCGCCCUGCCAAGGUCGGAGUUUAUCGAGACGCCCGCCAGGCCUCCAGGACUUCCCAAGGCUGCGCCAAGCACGAGGCCAACUGCGGCUGUUCCGGAUGAUGAGGCCGAGGCUCGGCCAAGCAGUGCUUCGUACCAACGUGCGGCGGCCAUCUAUGCAUCCUUGCCGACGCCAGGUGGCACUCGAACCUUGGUUCGAGAUGCCGAUGGCUUCAUCUUCCGACCCACAGUGGAGGCAGAAGUGAAGGCUGCCCCUCCCCAGCGUCUCAGACCCGGGAGUCGCGGACUGAACGAGUUGGUGGCUUCCCUCACAAAGCCGAGGGAAAAUCCCCGUCCCGCUGAAGCCCAUCCUGUGGAGGUGCCCCGUGGCGUCUCGACGGAUUUGCCGGAUCGGCCGGAUCGGCCGGAGCCGCGCAUUGCCUGGAGCGAAGGCGCACCCGAUGAUGCGGUGGAGAACUUCUUUGAUGCGUCCGACUUGGCCGCACAGAUCCGGCGGGAUUGGUUGGCGAAGCAGCUGUCCGAGCUGGAGGCCUCAAGCUGCGAAAGCAAGCAGGAUGGAGCAUCGCUGAGGACGGAGGAUGGCCGACGUUCAAUGGGCGAGCUGGAGAGAAGCCUCGCAAAGGCGAAGGAACGAGCUGAGAAGAACCGCAAAGAGCUCAAGGGCUACAUGGAAAGCUUGCGGAGCAAACUCUUUCAGGCGGAUGGUGAUCUUGCAGCAACCAAUGAGGAGCUGUUGGUGUCCCUUCCUCCGGACUUCGAUGAUGUGGUUGACAUCAACGCGUCCUUGACGUCGGCCGAAAGGCGGCGUUCAAAACCCCGCAGCAUUUCGUCCGAAGGUGGAGGCGGCACACAGGGCAGGGCUGGAGGUGGUUCUGAACUGGCUGAAGGCUUUAGGUUGCCGACAUUUCUGGAGAAGUACUUCUACGACGAGAAAGCCGUUGAGUUGCCCAUUGUGCAGAUGCAGCACGAGGACACCGAACUGGACAAAGUUGCCAGGCAGGUGGCUCGGCUGGACGCGCUCUUGUCACGACGAGAGGCAGAUGGUUUGGCUCGCCUGAAAGCUGCCAAAGAAGAGCUUGCGGCGACCAAGGAGCAUUUGCGACGAGAAAGCGAGCAAUCAGAGGCCGAGAAGAUCGAACUCUUGAAGAAGUUGAAGGAAAAGGGCUUCCUCCGCAGUUCAUCGUCAACUUCCAAGGCGGCGUCCGCAGCGUCGUCCUCGGCCAACAGCCCCAGACACAGCAGCUCCGUUGCCUGCAUGUCUCCAUCGAAAACAUCAAGCGAGGUGGAUUGGAGUGGCUGGGAGUGCUCCGUUGAGCUGGAAACUCCUUCAACUGCCGCACCGGCGAAGUCUGCACCGUUUGUUGCACAGCCGGGAGUGGAACAUGUGAAGGAAGACGAAGCUGAUACCUCGACCUUCCUCACGGCAACUGCGGAUCGCAAUUUAGGCCCCAGAACCGGAAAAACUGGACCUCGCAGCAAGCUGGAACCUGUGGUGGAGGAUACGGUCCAUGAAAGGAAGAACGAAGAGCAGGAGGAAACUCCUUCAGGCGACGAGCGCAUCAUAGUCCCUUCGCCGUUUCUGGAGGAGCUCCUGCACGAUCCCUAUGAUCUCAAUGCCCUCCAUGCCAUUGACGACAAGUUGGCCCAGCUUGUCCCGGAAUCCGAAUGGGAGGCCAAGUCGAUAAGAUCUGCUACGAAUGGCUCCGAAGUUUCAGCAGGUGUGCAAUCCAAGACGUCAAAACAUACGGUCUUCUCCCAUGUGGCAUCGUCCUUGCCAGGUGAACCAGUGCUACGCGAGCAGCUUGAAGAACGAGAAGCUCGCAAAGCGCUGAUGGCCAUUGACGAUGCAUUGGGCCGUCUGCAGGAACAGCGGCAGAGUGAGCAACUUCAGCCGGAGCAACUCCAACAGCUUCUCCUUCAGGCUGCAGCUUCUCAAUCUGCGAUGGACUCGAGUAGCAAAGUCUUGACUCUGACGGCUGAGGCUGGUGACUUGGAGGCUUCUCUGCAACAGAUGCUUCAACCCCUCCGGAUCACGACUUCAUCCAAUAUGUCACCGGAAAGUACGGGAGCAUCAAACUCCGCAUCGGGAGCCUUGCUGGAAGCCAAACAGAUCCUCUUGAGGCUAUCAGAAAGCAACGAGGAAUGGGACUCCACCAAUAUGGAGGUCCGGUGCACCAUGGCAGAGCUUGAGGACAGUGUAAGAGCACUGGAGGAACAAGCCUCCCGCCCCACGGCGCAGAAGGAGGAAGAACCAACAGACGACCUCAUGCUGGAAAUGUCCACAUGGGCAACGAAGCUGGAGGAACUGAGUAGGGAAGCCUUACUGGUGGCGGAGCAAGGUCUACCGCAGGUUCAAGAGCAUACAGAGCCUGACGCUGGAGGAGCCAGCGCUUCCGUGCCACCUGACCUGCAGGCCGUCACGGCGCCCGAGGGCGACGUAGGUGACGCAGGCGACGAAGGCGACCUGGGGCGCUUGGUGCUUCCGAGCCUGACGAUGGCCGAGGAAGCGGAUGAUGGUCUUCUCGACAGUGAUGCUGAAUCUGGAAGUUCUGGCAACAGUCCUGUCUUCCUUCCUGCACUAGAAGUGGAGGUGACUAAGGCGCUGGAUCUCGACCUUCCUGAAGGUCGUUGGAGCGACGAAGAGUUGGAGAAGUUGUCCAGAGCCAUGGAGGAGCAUUUUGGUCCCGUGAAGAGAAGCUUUGAUGCCGAUGCAGGUAAGGGGCAAGGGGAACCGGCUGGGUGAGCUGGUGUUGCAGGCACAGGUCCCUGGUGGUGGCUUUUCCGCGGAAAGU